UCGUGCCUCUUACAGAAGAAGUGGCGCAGCUGACUGAAGGUUGAAUGGUUUUAAAGCUGCAACAGUCGGUCGUUUUCUACCCGACGGAGAGUUCAGACAGCCCGUGUCGCUGAACUGUGAUGAGAGCAGUGAGGGAAGUGAUGAAGGUUUUCAUAACGAGGCGCAUCCCUCAGGAGGGAAUGAAGAUCCUUUCAGGAGCGACCGGAGUAUGUGAGGUGUCCCAGUGGGACUCAGAUGAGCCUGUCCCGAGGGCAGAGCUUCUUAAAGCAGUCCAGGGAGCUCAUGGUCUUCUGUGUUUGCUGUCAGACAAGAUCGAUGCUGAGGUUCUGGAUGCUGCAGGACCAAACCUGAAAGUAAUCAGCACAAUGUCUGUGGGCUUCGACCACUUGGCUCUAGAUGAGAUCAAAAAGCGCGGCAUACGUGUCGGAUACACUCCGGAUGUCCUGACUGACGCCACCGCAGAGUUGACCGUGGCUCUCCUCCUGGCCACUGCUCGCCGGUUACCAGAGGGAGUGGAGGAGGUCAAAAAUGGUGGCUGGAGCUCAUGGAAACCUCUCUGGUUGUGCGGUUACGGCCUGUCGGGCAGCACUGUGGGAGUCAUUGGACUGGGACGCAUUGGUAUGGCCAUAGCUAAGAGACUCCUUUCUUUUGGGGUUAAGAGACUGUUGUAUACCGGAAGGACGGCCAAAGCCCACGCCGCAGAAGUGAAUGGAGAGUUUGUUCCCCUGGACACGCUUGUGUCAGAGAGUGAUUUCGUUGUGGUUUCCUGCUCACUGACACCAGAAACUCAGGGCCUGUGUGACAAGGCAUUUUUCAGCAAGAUGAAAAAAACUGCAGUGUUCAUCAACUCAAGCAGAGGAGCUGUGGUGAACCAGGAAGACCUGCAUGAGGCUCUAAAGAGCGGACAGAUAGCUGCAGCCGGACUGGAUGUUACAACACCUGAGCCUCUCCCAACAAACCACCCGCUUCUUACCCUGAAAAACUGUGUUGUGUUACCUCACAUAGGCAGCGCCACUUACUCCACCAGAGGCGUCAUGUCAGCACUGACUGCUCAGAACCUGCUGGGAGGUUUGCAGGACUCGGACAUGCCGAGCGAACUCCGCUUUUGAAGAGGAACCGCUGUGCCUACUGCUGCUUCAGGAAGAUGAAAUGAAAACAGUACAGUGAGGUAGAAAAUAGUUGUGGGAGUGCUAAUGCAGUCUCGACAUGUUCUAGCACCUUGAGAGUUGGAUUUGAUCAUCCUAGUAGUACAUGUAGUAAAGUUCUUCGAAAGAAGAUUAACCACACCCUCUGUGUCUAGUCAGAGUCUUACUAUUCUUUUUUUUUUAAUAGUACAGAUCUUUCAAAACACCAUCUGAAAUAAUAUAGAAAAGAUGUUUUACUCUCUUGUUAAAAUGAGUUUCUUACAAAAAUGAGCAUUGUACAUGGUGAUCAGUACUUUAUUCAGACAUUGAUGUUGCAGAUCUGCACUUACUACACAGAAAAACACUUCUGCUCUGCAUUAAGAGUGAAGAAAAGAACUUAACUGUCAUUUAGAUGUACAAAAUUGGUGCUUUACCAUCUAAUUGAGUCAUAGAAUUAAAAGAAGACCAAAUACAACAUUUCUACUUUCA